CAUAAGCGGCGGGCGGCGGCGGCGGCGGUGAGUAUAGCAAUCUCAGAGAAACAGUCAACGCCCCCAUCCCACCACCACGAGAACUGCGAUGGCGGAUGGCGGCGGCGAGUAUAGCGGUCUGGACAAACCCAUCCCCUCCCCCACAAGAACUGCGGCGGCGGAUGGCGGCGGGGAAGACGUGGUACGAGUAAAGGGGAGCCCUCCGCCGUUCAAAAUCCGCAAGCUGGGUGCCCCGGGUACGAGUUCAGUUGACGCUCAGGAUCAGAGUGAGGCCAUGGCUGCCAAGAUCGGCGAGAAGAUGGAGGUGGAGGAGGAGAAAAGAUCCAUUGAGUCGGUGGCCGCCAGAGCCGGGCAUGUGGAUACAGAGAUGACCGAAUUCAAGUACGGCGAGGUUGCAGAUGAGGAGCUUGAGCAGGACAAGAUGAACGGAUACAAAUCUAAUCAGCAGAUCAAGAACAAGACGACCCGGGAGGAGGUGGAGAUGGACGUAGGCAAAAUAAGCUCCAUCAUCUCCGAGCAGGAGAUCGAGCGGCUCUGUGUGCAGAUGGACCAGAUGGCGUCUUUAAUGAGAUACAGGAUCAAACCAUCAGCCCCACUCUGCAGCAGCAGCAGCAAUGAGACUGAAGAUCAGCCAGUGAUCGACGGCAUCCGAAAAGAGUUGGCUGAUCUGCAGGGCAGCAUGUCCAAGCUCAAAUCGCAACUGAAGCCUUUCUGGCACAAGUACCCGUAUGAGGAGGACUAUGUGGCGCCGGAGGAGGAGAAGGAUCCCAAGGAGAGGGCAAGGAAGGAGAUGGAGGAGGAGCAGGAGGUCUUUGAUUCCUACCGUCAAGGCGUUCAAUCUAAAGUUAAUUGCUUUGGAUACACAACCCUAGUGAGCCCCAUGCACUUUACACACUACACGCCCAGACAGAUCCCAUCCGAUUAUACUACUCGUAGGAUCACCUUGCAGAUCUUCUCCUUCAAGAUUGCCAACAUCAGUUUGGACCUGGAAUGGCCACUCCUGCAUUGGCCACUCAAAGUGUACGGCGUCGUCGCCGCACGAGACUAUGUGGAUCAUAGACGCAACGUUCUCUUCCACCGGCAAAGGGGCAACUUCCAAGAGAUCACCAAAGAAGUAAGUGCCUGCCGUAUUCUGUUAACUUUCCUUUUAUCUCCUCUUUGUUGCAUGCAUGGGUCUUUAGUUUGUUGAUGCAUCGGUUUGUUGCAAUUCAUUCAUUCAUUCCCUUUUCUGUGCUUGACUGGCCCAUCUCGUGCAAUCUCAGCCGACCGCCCUCUUGAGUUUGAAGUCCAACUAAAACUUAAAGGCGGCGCAGCAGAGUCUCAAGACAGCGCGUUGAUCAAUAGCAGAGGCCAUUACAAUGGCUAUGAUACCCAUAAUGGUUUAUAUACUGUCACCUUUGACAACUGUCUUUGCACAACAGAGUUAAGUCUGCAGAAGCUGUACCGUGGAGCAGUCCAAGCCACUUUCCUGCGUGUCGGCAUUGCUAAAGGCAGUCAAAGCCCUUUCAGUUAUGGAGGCAGAGUUGCUUGCUCCUCACCACCUCAGAAAGAUGAAGGCCCUGCCACUCCCACCCAAGUUGUGUUGCUUGAUUCCCGUGAUUGUGCUGGUGGGAAGAUGCCGAUAGGCGAAGAAGAUGGUUACCUUGAUCUGUCAAGGCAUGUUGUUUCUGUUGAAUUACGAACAGUGAGUGAAGAUUCUGAAGAAUUGAAAGAAACCCUGAAAGUUGUCAUAGAAGCCUACUCUCCCGGUGGUUCUGUGCAAGCUCAUGUCAUGGUCAGGCCUCAAUACUGCGGCAUAAGUAAACAUAAAUGUGACCUCAACGGCUCUAAGGUGAAGAUUACCAUCGCUUGGUCACCUAUUGUUAGCAGUGCUCUCACUAGAAAGGUUAUUCUGUGAGAGGGAUAUGUUCGAUGGUGCUCAUGUAUUUGAUCAGCUAUGUAAGAUGUCAACCUAUUGCUGUAUCGAUCUGCUAUGUAAUAUGUUUGACUAUCUGCUAUGUAAUAUGUUUGACUGUGUGUAUCGACUAUAUGUUUUAUAAGCCAAGUCUAGAUGGUGUAUUUCUACUUACAUUACUGCUAUAACUUGCCAGUCAUGCUGUAGGAAGUA